GUUAGAGCCAGCUCUAACAACUGCUGUAAACAUCUCUAAUUUACCGAUUUCUGAUCGUUUUUUUUAGUUAAAUGACAAAAUACCGCAUAAUCUGACUGCAGACUACUGACUCGGAAUGUACAGCGGACUUCUGCCUAAAGGUUUAACUGAAGACGACCUCAGUUCAUGUGACGGUGAGGAUGAGCAGGAGGAUGAUGCUGAGAAGAAAGCGGAGGGUGAGAAGUGUGAGAGCUCAGCUGGGGUAAACAUCAGCUCAGUGGUGGAGACACAGUCGACUCACACUGCCAGUGUUGCAGAUUCACCGACAUGCAGUUUGCCUGGUAUAUCACAGGAAAUGUGGCAAAAAUUCCAGGAUCUACGGAAGAAGAAUAACGAAAUGAAGACUUUGAAGGUCCCCAGAAAAAGAAAAAGAAGACAUAAGAAAGCAGGAACAGAAAGUGAGCAGCCUACAGAGACAAGCAGAGAGUGUCAGGAGGAACGGGAGAAGCACUGGGAUGAGCUUAAGAAGUAUUUUGGUGUAAAUGAUCGAUUUGAUCCCCCUGCAUGUUCCAAACCCCCUCCGAAGUCCGGCCUAGAAAAGAGCAUAGAGAGGGCCGUAGCUGAAGGGGACAUUGCAAAGGCAGAGGAGAUGAGCGACAGACUCGCCACUCGAGAGCUGGCUGUGAAAAUCGCUCAAGCCGCUGAUUGCCGUGACUUUGUGCAGCGCAAACAGGAAGAGGAAGCUUUGAGGGCAGCGCAGAAAAGGAAGAAGGAAAUAGUCUGGGGGUUUGAGGCGAAAAAACGAUGGGAAACCAAAAGCAACAUGGGCUACAUGUGACAAACAAAACGGGAAAGGCCGCAAGCUUUUUUUUUUUUUUUUUUUAAUGUUAAUUUUGAUAAAAGUGGUGGGGGUUUUUUUUAUGGCGAACUGAUCCUGUUUCUUUUUUAUUCUCUUUGUAUAUUUUGAAGACUUUCACACCAGCAGAAUGUGAGGGGGGGAAAGUCACCCAGUUGUCUGAGGAAAAACCCAUCCAGGGAGUACAAGAGAGAGAAGAAAUUAUGGAGCAUUCAAAUUAAUUCCUAAGGCGCCCAUUGGUGUCUGCAUUGUGUUAUUUUUCAUUACAUUUCAGUGAUUUGAGCUUUCUGGCCUUUUUUUCCCCCUUCAAAUUAAAUCUGGUGUACAUUACUGGAUGAUGCGUUUAUUUAUUGCUGUAAAGUGGGUUAAUCAUGAAGGCGCUCCUUUCUUCUUCUGAGGAAGAGAAAGGGAAGAUUAGGGCCCUAAUGCAAUGUACAGGAUAAUGUGCGAUAGGAUUUGGGAGUAGAAAAUGAAAUUUGGCUGCUGUAAACUGUUGUGAGCAGUCGUAAACUGGAAGUUGAGUGAACGGUGUGUGUGUAGGGGGGAGAGGGGCGGGGGUGUUGUGUGAGACAUGAAACAGAGGCUUUGCUGUUGGCCAUCACCCAUGCUGGGAGACAUGCUAUUGUUUCUCUGCCCGAACAAGAGGCACGCGCUGUUUCUCGAAGCCUACACUCGCCGCUCAUUGUUUGAUGAGCUCUCUUCAGCAUCUGUAAACUCGUCUUAAACCGUUGAUUCCUCUCGCUGUUACUUUGAUCUUUUUUUGAUCUGCAGUGUUCGCCUCCACGGCUACUCAACACUUCUGAAAUGCUCAUUCAGAUUCCAGGAAGUGUUAAUUGCAAACAGCAUGCAAAAAAAAAAGCACAAAAAUGAUAAUUACUUUUAUUCAUAAUGCUUGCUUAUAUUUUUUUCAAUCAUAGAAAAUGAUUGCUUUGCUUCAAGGUAAUGAGAAUUAAAAUUAAUCCACCUAAGUUGUUUGCAUUGCACAUAUUUGGGCACUUCGUCCCCUGGUGAGGAACUGUGCUCUCAUAACUUUGCUGUGUAGGCUGAAUCAGUGCGAGGAAAAAUUAGCAGAACAUCAGCAAUAAAAGUUUGCAGGCAAUUAUCAUACAAAACACCUGAGCUGAAGAAACUCAGAUAUGACAUGAGCAUAAGAACUGAAUUUAUUUUUUUGUUUUUGUAUCAUUUCACAUUAAAGCGAAUCACGUGACUGUGUA